UAUAAACAUAAACGAAAGUGUUCCAUCUGUUCAAGGCACGAGUCUGUCAUGACAAUCACGUGGUCCGACGCACGUGUGAUAGUUAAGUAGUGGGAAGAAUCCUUCGUAUCUUCGUGUUGCAAUACCCGAAUACUGUGCAAAAACCAAAAUACGUUUGCGUCUGCUCCGAAAGCAACGAAAACAUGAAGGAGGAUUUCUCGGUGCUCUCGCAUAAACUCGGCGGGGGGCCGAAAGGACUGGGCGACCCCAACGACAGAAGUUUAAGGAAGGUGGAGAAAGACGUGCUGGUACCCAAGUUGAUGCGAGAGAGAACCAAAUCUGAAAAGUGCGUCAACGAAGUCAAAGACUUCCACGACUGCUGCCUCAAAUCCGGCCUGCUGCACGUUGUAAAAUGUAGGGGGGAAAACGACAGGAUGAAGGCGUGCAUGGAGAAGUGGUACUACAAUCAGGACUUUAUUAAAGAAUGCACAGAACAGUAUCUGGACGAGAGGAGUGAAUUUAGAAGGACUGGAAUUUCCAAGAAGCGGAAAAACACUAGAAUGGAGGGUUCAAUGUGAACAUACGAAUAAUGAAUGGACAACGCCGAGCAUUGUCUUUUCAGCUUAGCUGUUUAAGUGUUAACAUCUGUGAUUGGUGUCACCGACAAUUUUUCCGGUAGUUUUCAGGCUGUCGCAUAAAUUGCUUCGGCAACGCCGGAAAGUCAGAUACGGACUGGUUGAAAGUUAAAGUUGCGUUGAUUCACCUCGAGUUGUAGUUGAAUGUCUAUAUGGUAAACUCCUAUAUUUCGGUUUUUCAAAAGUAUCGCUUCUUUAUAUUACUUGUAUUCGCUGCGUGGCAAUGUAAAGUAACGUUCUACGUACGUGCCAUCGAAGCAUCGCGAUAAGAACGAAUUGUUUGGCCUCAAUAAAUGCACAAUACAAACAUAACUGUAAGGCAUGGUACUUUGAAGACGACGGAGAUCUACAGUAGAAUAAAUUGAAAAGGAGAGGUGAGAAUACAGACAUUCGGCUGUAGCACAGACUGUCGUUUCGAAUAAAAGUCUAUUUUAAAGAAGUC